GUCCGCUGCCGGCUCCUGAAGGAGACUCCGGACACGGACACGGUCCCUUCCGGCUCCGUCCGCCGCCAGCCAACAACCUCUCCGUCGCCGCCGCUACCGCUCCAUGCGGAAAAUGCUCGCUAUCGUUUCCCGCGUGCUGACUGGCGCCUCCCAGAAACCGGGAGCUGCUAGUGAGGCUGGAAGAGUGCUAUUGGCAGCCCGAAACUUUGCAAAUGAUGCUUCGUUUGAUAUUAAGAAAUGUGACGUUCAUCGGCUGGAGGAUGAACCUCCCACCACAGCAGUUCUCACUAGAGAGGAAGGACUCAAGUAUUAUAAGAUCAUGCAGACUGUCCGUCGGAUGGAAUUGAAAGCGGACCAGCUGUAUAAGCAAAAGAUCAUCCGUGGUUUCUGCCACUUAUAUGAUGGUCAGGAAGCUUGUUGUAUGGGGCUUGAAGCUGGUAUAAAUCCUACAGAUCAUGUGAUUACAGCCUAUCGAGCUCAUGGCUUUACCUAUACUCGUGGUCUUCCUGUUCGAGAAAUUCUGGCAGAGCUUACAGGACGAAGAGGGGGAUGUGCCAAAGGAAAAGGAGGCUCUAUGCACAUGUAUGCCAAGAACUUCUAUGGUGGCAAUGGCAUUGUUGGAGCUCAGGUGCCUUUGGGAGCUGGUAUUGCCCUAGCCUGUAAGUACAAUGGAAAAGAUGAGAUCUGUUUAACUUUGUACGGAGAUGGUGCUGCUAAUCAGGGUCAGAUAUUUGAAGCUUACAAUAUGGCAGCUUUGUGGAAAUUGCCUUGUAUUUUCAUUUGUGAGAAUAAUCGAUAUGGAAUGGGAACUUCUGUAGAAAGAGCAGCAGCCAGCACUGACUAUUACAAAAGAGGAGACUUUAUUCCAGGAAUAAGGGUAGAUGGUAUGGAUGUUCUUUGUGUCCGUGAGGCAACAAAAUUUGCAGCUGCCUACUGUAGAUCAGGAAAGGGCCCCAUGUUGAUGGAACUACAGACAUAUCGUUAUCAUGGACACAGCAUGAGUGACCCUGGUGUCAGUUAUCGUACUCGGGAAGAAAUUCAGGAAGUGAGGAGUAAGAGUGACCCUAUCAUGCUUCUCAAAGAUAGAAUGGUGAACAACAACCUUGCCAGUGUUGAAGAAUUAAAGGAAAUUGAUGUUGAAGUAAGGAAAGAGAUUGAAGAUGCCGCCCAGUUUGCUACAGCUGAUCCAGAGCCACCUUUGGAAGAAUUGGGCUAUCACAUCUACAGCCGAGAGCCACCUUUUGAAGUUCGAGGUGCAAAUCAGUGGAUCAAGUACAAAUCUGUCAGCUAA